AUGGUCGAGAUCACUUUUGAAUUCGGCGCUUUCAGCUUUGACGGCAUUUGUCGGACAGUCCCACUGACGCUCUGUCCAGUUAUUGGCAAAGAUGAGGGCAUUGUUCCCGUUUGCUACUCUCGCAAUGUAGAACUUGCCGGCAACCUGAUUUUUCAACCAGCAACGUUAAUUAUCGAUGUUGUUGCCAUCGUUAUGGUGGGCUUCAUGACUUACCACAUUCGAUCGAAAUACACUGCUGUUGGUCGAAAGGAAAUCGUUACUUUCUUCUACAUGUACCUUCUGACCCUGAUUCUUGAAAUGAUUCUUAUCACUGGCAUUAUUCCACAAUCAUCACCCGUAUAUCAGUGGUUUACUGCUGUACAACUUGGUCUCGUCACUGCUUGCUUCUGGUGCCUCAUGUGCAACGGUUUUGUCGGAUUCCAGUUUGCCGAAGACGGUACACCAUUAUCUGUCUGGUCAAUCCGUAUCAGUUCGCUCAUCAUAUUCCUCCUCACCGGUUUCAUUGCAAUCGGCACCUUUGUCGAACUCGGCUCCUUUUCGCGACGCAGUCCAGGCGCCCUUUGGGCCUUUUACAUUAUCAUCAACGGCAUCUUUUUGAUCACCUACGUCAUAUCCCAGAUCGUGUUGGUGCUGAAAUCCUUGGACGAUCGCUGGCCGUUGGGUGAUAUUCUGUUUGGCUUUUGCUUCUUCAUCUUUGGCCAGGUCUUGAUGUACAUUUUCUCUGUCGUGAUCUGCGACAAUGUCAAGCAUUACAUUGACGGCACGUUCUUCAACACCGUGUGCACCCUGUUGGCCGUCAUGAUGGUCUACAAGUAUUGGGACUCGAUCACCAAGGAGGAUUUGGAGUUCUCGGUGGGGUCCAAGCAAAACGUUUGGGAGGUCAAGGAAUUGAUGGCCGAGGAUGAGUUGGAGAAUAACCAGCAUCGCAAUAGCAUGACGCCGCUUCAGCAGUACACGCCGCCACCUUUUGCGCGUCCACCAUCCCAGGGUCAAUAUGGCCCUCAAUACCAUCAACAGUUUGAUCAGCAGCAGCCGUUCUAA